AUGUCUUGGGUACCAACUAAAGACUUUUUACGUGGUAAGCUCAGUAAACCAUUUUUACCAUUUGAAAAACAUCCUAAUCUUAUUAAUGAUAAUUUCCAAAAUUUAUAUCCUGGAGAUGAAGUUUAUAUUUUUGAAACCAAGAACGACAAAUGGGCUAGAGGUUAUGCCGUUACUAGACCAUUUCCCAAUGAUUUCACCAUUACUUCGGUUAAUUUAGAUGAUUUACCUACCAAAAAGAUUAAGAUUGUAAUUUUCCCUUUGAAAUAUGUUCAAAUCUUAGAAGAAGUCCCUAUUCAAGAGAUUAAAAUUGAUAAAGAAUUCAAUAAUAUCGUUGAUAUGGAAAUGAUUCCUACCAUUCAAGAUAGUGAAAGAGCGCAUCAACUCGCUAUUGAAGGAACUGCCGUUAAUGGAUAUAAUGGCAAUGGAACCGUCAAGACCAAAAGACUCGUUCCUCUUUUACCAGUAAAGGAAAUCAAAGACGAUAAACAUGAUUUAGUUGAUGAAAUCAAAUAUGAUUUGAACUUAUUAACAUCUCAUAUAUUUGCCCUUUAUUCGAUUGGGGAAUUUAGAUUAUUCAAUAAGUUAUCAGGAAUUUAUUUUGAUUUAGAAGAAGCUAGAAUCAAGUUGAAGUAUAAUUUGUUAACUCAUGAUGAGGUUAUUUCAACUAAAGAGAAAGCUGUAUUCUUAUUGAACAAAAUUCCUAAAAAGUUAGCUUCCAAAUCUGCUAGAUUGAAUGAAAACUCUUAUGAUUUAGAUAAUAAGGAUACUGAUAUUUCAGGUUAUAAAACUAUCUUAGCCAGAGAUUGUAAGACAGGAGAUUUAUUGAAUAAUGAUAAUUCAUUCCCAUCGUAUGUGGGAGCAAAUCAAGUUUAUUGUUCAUUACAACCAAAUUAUCCUAUUAAUUACCAUAAUAAUGAAAAGUAUUUUAACUUUGACCCCCAACAAAAUGUAAAAUUUUUAGGUGAAGCUCCUUCACAUAUUUUAGUUGAUUUCAAAUCAGUUAGUGGUUCAUCAGCUUAUCAACCUCCAGGGUUUGCUGGUAUGAUUGCUUAUUUAUAUAUCCGUAAUAAUCGUAAGAGAUUGACUGAAGCUUUUUCAGUCCAUACCAAUUCUGUUGAUGAUUUAGUUCAUGUUGAAAAAUUCAGUUCAGCAUUAUUUAGAAACAUUCCUUCAAGUGAAACUGAAAAUACCAGAGUUUACUUAGUGGCUGUUUUAACUGAAGAAAUCAAUUUAACAUUGAAAGAUGAUAUUAAUACUCCUCAAGUUCCAAGGGUCAAGAAAGGUGUAGCUGCUGGGGUUACUGAUAUCACUAGAAUUUUUAGUAAAAACCAAGGUUCUUUGACUGCUGGAGAAUCUCAUCAAUUUUCUAUCAAAUUAUUUGGAUCUUAUGUUAAUCAAAAAAAGAGUUUGAAAGAUGCUGAUGGAAUUGUUAAUGGAGGUUGGGGUGAAACUGUGGAUAGAAUUAUUGCCGGUUCAUCUCAUGGAAUUGCUAUUAAUCCUAGAGCUGAAAAAUUGACUGUUUCCAUUAAAGAAUUCAGACAUCAAUUUUCUGCUGAUAGUUCAUCUUAUGAUGAUGGUACUGUCAACCAAGGUAAUAUGAUUCAAUCAACUGCAUCAAUUUCCAAAAUCAAACCGAUUUUCUUUGAUCCUUUGGCUGAAAAUUAUGAAAGAAUUUACUUGAAAAUGGGUAAGAUUUCAUUAUUGAACUCAAUCACCAAGGACGAUUUAUUAACUUUUGAAGUUAGUGCUCCUAAUAAUGAAUCAAUUACAUUUGCUAAAGCUUCCAAUCAAGCAGAAAAACGUAGAUGGCAGUUUGUCUCAGUAUUCCCUGAUGAAGUUGUUGGAGAAAUCAUUAAGAUUAACCUUGCUUCAUUAAGAAGUGCUAAAAAAUUACCUAAAGAUGAUCAUAUUGUAUUAUCAUUAUUUAUUAACGGUAACUUAGCAGGUGAAGGUAAAUUGUUAUAUAGAAGUGAUAAAAGAUUAGUUGAAUACAAUAGUAAGAAAGGUAUCACCAUUGAAAUCUUAUCCACUAAUCACAGAUUACCAAUGGCUCAAGUUGAAGUUAGUACCGAAUAUAUUGGUAAACUUUAUAAUGCUGAUAAUUCAAUUGAUUGUAUCUUCCAAUAUGAAAGAUUCUUCAAAGCUGGUCCAAAAGGUAUUGAUGAAUUAGCUUCAUCUUUAGUAUCAUUUACUAAAUUAGAUGUUAAACAAUUAGUUAAACAUUUCCCUAAGUUAUUGACUUACUUAUAUGAUAUUGUUGAAAGUUCUAUUGAUCAACAAUCUAUGAUUAAUAGCUCAAGUUUGGAAAUAUUACAAGAAAAUUCAUUCAAAGCUAUUAUUCAUUUAUUAGAUACUUUAUUCGGAAAACAAGACCAGUACUCCUAUAUGUUGGAUAUUUUUGCUAAUGAAAACCCUAACAGACCAACUAUUGGAAUUUUCCUUUUGGAAAGAAUUGCUGAAAUUUUCACCAGAGCUGAAUCAAAUUGGAACUCAAUUUCAAGAUCUUUAUGUAGAGUGGUUUCCAUCAUGGUUAAGUUAGCAGUGUUUUCAAUGACUGAUUCCGAUAACAUUAAUGAUUACUUACAAGCAUUGAAUUCAUUAUUCAAAUCGGUAUCAUUCUUCCUUUCUAUUAAAUCACCAACUUUGAUUAAUGAUCAGAUCUUAGUAUUGGAAGUUAUUGAUUAUAUUUUGACUUUCAAUGUUAGAUUAGAACAAUCAAAGACUUUAAGAUAUAUCAUCAAUUUCAUUGAUUCUAUUGGAACUAGAGGUUUAGGAGCUAAUGAGGAUACUAUGGUGAACAAGAAACCAAUUGUCGUACCAAAAGACCAUAAAAUUAUCAUUAGUAAAUUACUUUUAAUCCAUAGAUUAUUUGGAACUGAUUUAGCUAAGAAUCCUUCAACUUUACCUGUUUUAGUUUCAAGAGCCGUUACUUGGUCAAUGGAAAUCUUAUUAGGUCCAACUGAUAUUGAAGCCACCAGAAUUGCUUUAAGUAUCUUAAAUCAAGUCUGUAUCAGUAUUUGGACUAACUAUGUUAAAGGAGAUUGGACUGAUAAUUUCAACUUAUGUUAUUCAUUAACUAAGUUAUUACCUGCUAUGUCAAGAACCUUAAUCAAGUAUAAUAAAUAUACUAGAGGUAACGAAUAUUUCAAACCAAAAAGAACAUACACUUCAUUAUUUCCCAAUGAAUAUCCAUUUAAGGAAUCAUCAAUUGAUCCUAUCGUUAGUGAUGAAGUUCUUGUUGAAAUCUUAUUAGAAGUCAGUUUAGUCUUUUGUUUCAUAGCUAAGAUUGGUAAAGAAGUUGCCGGUAAUCAAGGAUUCACUGAGAUCUUAUCUACAGAAAUUGAAAAUGAUUUCUUUGAUCCUAAAAAGUAUUUGGCCAAUAAUUUCCAAAAUGAAGAUAUCAUCACUUUGAUUUCUGGAGUCAAAUUGAUCAGACAAGGUAAAUUCUUCCCAGAAGAUAAAUGGAUCACUUUAUAUGGUACUUUGGCUGAAGGUUGUUUAACAUCAUUAGAAUUAAUUAGACCUUUAUUAUUAAGUCAUCAUAUACCACCAAUUGAUAAAUCAGAAUUAUUCGAUAGAGUUAUUUGGGGUAAUUAUUUGAAAUCUUUGUUAAGAUUAGCUACCAUUCCACCUGUUUCCAUUGAACAUUUAUCAGAUGUGCCAAAGAAAGCAUGUAUGCAAAUUACUGGAGAUAUGAGAGAUAGAAUUGCUUUCUUGAUCAAUGAAGCUUGGGAUUCUUUAGCUUGGGAUGCAGUUGAUGAAGAUAUCAUCAGAUUCAAUUUGAAUAAAUUCGGUGGUUAUCAAGUUGAAUUUAUAAGUAACGAUUAUUCUAUUUUACAAGAAUUGAUGGUUUUCGCUUUGCAAAAGAAUUCUGAUUGUCAGUCCGUUGCAGUCAAGAUAUUAUGGUCAAUUAUUGUAUCUGAAUAUAUCUUAAGUGAUUCCAUCAUUGAUAUUGAAAAAGAAUGUUUGGUUGGGUUACAUGACAUUUACAAUCGUCAUGGUUAUAAACCUUCGACCUUGGAACAAGAAAGUUUCAUUGAAAGAUUGAAAGUUACUAUUAGAUUGGAUCGUGAAGAUGAAGCUUUUGGUUUGAUUUAUAACUUUAUUGAAACUCUUCAAGGAUUCUUGUUAGUAUUGAAUGAUUUGAUUAGUGUUCCUGUUGGACCAGAAUUCGAUGAUGAUAGAACUUUCCAUAAAUUAAACAUCAAUGCUUAUCUUAAAAAUGCUAACAAACCAGAAUUAUUCCAUUCUUUCAUCAAUCAAAUGUAUGAGGAAAAUAUCAGUAAAAAUGACCACAUUCAAGCAGCAUUGAGUUUGGAAUUGUUAGCCUCGACUUAUUCCUGGGAUCAUCAUGUUAUUGUUCCGGCUAGUUUCAGACCUAAAUUUCCAGAACAAAGCUCUUUCGAAAGAAAGGAAUCAUUAUUCAAAAUGAUAGCUCAAAAUUAUAUCAAAGGUAAUAGUUUGGAAAGAGCUACUGACACUUUCAAUGAAUUAUUAGAUUCUUACAGUCAGCAUACUUAUGAUUUAAAGAGUUUUGCCUAUGUUCAUAAUAAAUUAGCUAAAUUAUACUUAGAUUUAGAAUCCAGUGAUAAAUUAACUCCAUCAUUCUUUAGAGUUGCUUUCAUUGGUGCUGGGUUCCCAAGUAAUAUUAGAGGCAAAGAACAAAUUUAUGAAGGUUUACCUUUUGAACAUAUCACUUCCAUUCAUGAAAGGUUAUUAAGAUUAUAUCCUGGUGCCAGGAUUGUUAGUGAUGAUAGUGAAGCUCAGAAAUUGAAAGAAAAAAUUCAAACUGGUAGAUAUUUACAUGUCAGUACCAUUGAACCAAUCAAUGAAAUAUCUGAUAAGUUAUUCAAUGUUUCUAUUGGGGUAAGACAAUAUGCUAGAAAUAAGGAUUUAAGAUUCUUCACCACCAUGAAGAAAAUUCCAGGUUCAACAUCAGUUUUCGAUUUAUGGACUGAAGAAACUACUUAUGAAACUUAUCUUUCAUUCCCAACUUUAAUGAAUAGAAGUGACAUUAAAUCUACUAAAACAAUCAAAUUAUCACCAUUAGAAAAUGCUAUCAGAACCAUUAUUUAUAAGAAUAAUGAUUUAGUUCAAUUGGAAAGUAUGAUCAACAUGGCUUUCAAAGAAAAGGCUGAUUUCAAUGCAUUAUUCAAUGAUUUAUCAAGACAAUUAGCUGGUACUGUCGAUUCCCCAGUUAAUGGAGGUGUUGGCCAGUAUAGAACUUUCUUUACUGAUAUCAAAUAUGAAGGUAAAGAUGAAUAUGCUGAUAAUCUUAGAUUGUUGAGAAACGCUUUCAAUGAUUUAACUAUGAUUUUAAGUCGUUGUUUACAUUUGCAUGGUAAAUUGAUUUCUUCUAGUAUGAAAUCUUCUCAUAAUGCUUUGGUUUCUUUAUAUAAAAAGAACUUCCAAGAUGAAAUUGAAAAUUUGAAGAUUUCCACUGAUUAUGAAAAUAUUACUUAUAAUCAUAAUGUAAGUCAUUUUCAACAACACCAACCACCAAGUGUUAACGAUAAGAGAUCAGUUUCUGGAACUUCAGCUUCAGGUAUUUCAAAUACUGCACCUUCAUCAGCAUUUGGAUCAAAAUUAUCCAAGACCAGCUCCAGAACUUCAUCAGCUUCAAGUAAUUCAGGACUUUCAAAUCUUUCUUCUGAUAAAAAUUCAACCACUAAUAACUCAAGCAUGAGUGGAACAUCAUCCAAUUAUAAGAGAACUGCUUUAAAUUGGAGAAGUAUGGUUAAUAAAUCAUAA